GGUUCAGUAUGACAUCAUGUUAUACUGUCUCCCAGCUACGGCGGAUGCACCGUGGAUAUAUUAUCCUUGAAUUCAAAAAUGUUUCUCUUCCCAUAUCAACGUACAUCAGUCUUUCACGCAAACCCCUACACCAAUAAUUGUUAUAUUCUUCAACAAUUGUAACAAGCAUGAGCACAGGAAGUAACCAGCAGAACACCGUGCACCGACCGAAGACUGGUGGAAGUCCAAGGACGAUGUUGAUUGGCCUGGGCGUGGUCGUGGCUGGGCUAGCGGGCUUCGCAUAUGGGCAACGGUACCUUCGCAAGGACAUCGAUAGUCCCGACGGUAGCCAAAGGCCUACAUGGCAACAUCGCAUUAACCUACGGGAUACGAGACCUCAAGGUCCCAAAACCAGCAAUUCGUCUUCGGAAGCCGAACUCGCUCCUAAAGGACCCAGCCAACUCCCUUUACCUGGUGAUGACGACAAUCAUGGCGACAAUCUUUCGUCUACCGUAAUGUCCGUUGCCACGGGAAAGGGCUUCAAUCCAGAUACGAAGGCUCCUCAACAACCGGAAAACAAUAAGGGGAAUUUUGCACCGAAGAGGCAGACGCCAGAAGGUGCGACCUACACCAAGGCUCCGAGUUAUGCGUCCCAGGAGAAACCAAAGAACUAUGAAAAGACACCUAACAAUUAGGAGGGUGGAACAUCGACCGCAAGUAAUCGCUAGUUCCUGAAAUGGAUGGACAAAUGAUCGUCACAGCAUGGACCAGUGUAACACGUAGGAUGUAUUACCAGUUUCGCAUCGAUAUUGUACCCUGUAGCAUAUAAUCAGAUAACUAGAUCGUCGACGG